AUGGCGACAACAAAUUUAAUCGGAGCGGUGCACAUUUUCUUCUCCGUCACAGCAUUUCUUGGGAAUUCUCUGAUCAUUGUUUCCCUUUACAAGGAAUCUUCCCUUCAUCCACCGUCCAAACUCUUGUAUCGUUGUUUGGCAACAACUGAUCUUUUGGUUGGUCUUGUUGCUGAGCCUCUCUGCGCUACUGUGAACGUUUUGGAUUCCUGGACUCUCGAACACCGAGGAAUUUUCCGAUACGCAAAUGAAGCGGUCGUCAUCACAAGCUUAGUAUUAUGUGGAGCGUCUUUAUUGACGAUGACGGCCAUAAGCGUAGACAGAUUGCUCGCCCUGUUGUUGGGGCUGAGAUACAAACAAAUCGUAACUUUGAAGCGGACAUAUAUCGUUGUAGCAACUCUUUGGGUUUCAACUCUUGUUGCUUCUUUGUGUGCCAUAUUUGACUACCAUAUAAUGGUUUUUAACGGCAGCAUUUUAAUCCUAAUUUGCCUUGUUAUCUCAAUCACCUCAUACACAAAAAUCUUCUGCGCUCUUAGUCAACAUCAGGCUCAAGUACAAGAUCAUUCUCAACAACAGCCGAUCCAGCCAAGUUUUAGUCAGUCAUUAGUUGUUUGUUAUGCACCAUAUGGUAUAGUGGAAAUAGUGCUCAGUAAAACAUAUUCAUCGCACUUAUGGGUCUUUAGGGAAAUAACAAUUGUCUUAGUCUAUUUUAACUCGACGUUGAAUCCGUUCCUUUACUGCUGGAAGAUCAGUGAAGUCAGGCAAGCAGUAAAGCGGACAAUCAGGCAAGCACUUUGCUGUCCAUGGAGUUAG